UUCGCUUGUUCAGAGGGAACUCUAACUUGGAAGCCUUCUUUAGAAUGAAGAGGAACAAUUUAUCUGUUGUGAAUAAAGUUGUCCAGUCUUCACCAGCAGUGAAACAGCCUAAACUUGGGUUCUACUCGUCUCUCAACCAGACUCAUACAAACACUGUCCUUCUAGACUGGGGGAGUUUGCCUCACUAUGUAGUGUUACGCAUUUUUCAGUAUCUUCCUUUAAUGGAUCGGGCCCGGGCAUCUUCUGUAUGUAAGAGAUGGAAUGAAGUUUUUCAUAUUCCUGACCUUUGGAGAAAGUUUGAGUUUGAACUGAACAAGUCAGCUACUUCAUAUUUUAACUCCACUCAUCCUGAUCUCAUUCAGCAGAUCAUUAAAAAGCAUGCUGCCCAUCUCCAGUGCGUCAGCUUUAAGGUUGACAGUAGUACUGAAUCAGCAGAAGCUGCCUGUGAUAUACUUUCUCAGCUGGUAAAUUGUUCUAUCCAGACUUUGGGCUUGAUUUCAACAGCCAAGCCAAGUUUUAUGAAUGUGUCAAAGUCUCAUUUUGUGUCAGCACUUACAGUUGUUUUUGUCAACUCAAAAUCAUUAUCAUCAAUCAAAAUUGAAGACACACCAGUGGAUGAUCCUUCUUUGAAGAUUCUUGUGGCCAAUAAUAGUGAUACUCUAAGACGCCUCAAAAUGAGUAGCUGUCCUCAUGUUUCAUCUGAUGGAAUCCUUUGUGUAGCUGACCAUUGUCAAGGUCUUAGAGAACUGGCAUUAAAUUAUUACAUGCUAAGUGAUGAACUUCUCCUGGCACUUUCAAGUGAGACCCAUGUUAACCUUGAGCAUCUUCGAAUAGAUGUUGUGAGUGAAAAUCCUGGACAAAUCAAAUUUCUUUCUAUUAAAAAACAAAGUUGGGAUGUACUCAUUAAACACUCCCCUGGAGUUAAUGUUGUUAUGUACUUCUUUUUAUAUGAAGAGGAAUUGGAGACGUUCUUCAAAGAAGAAACCCCUGUUACUCACCUUUAUUUUGGUCGUUCCAUAAGCAAAGCAAUUCUAGGACGGAUAGGUCUUAACUGUCCACGACUAAUAGAGUUAGUAGUAUGUGCUAAUGGUCUUCAGGCUCUUGAUAAUGAACUUAUUUGUAUUGCUGAACACUGUAAAAACUUAACAGCCUUGGGCCUCAGUGAAUGUGAAGUUAGCUGCAGUGCAUUCAUUGAGUUUGUAAGACUAUGUGGGAGAAGGCUAACCCAGCUGUCUAUCAUGGAGGAAGUUUUGAUCCCUGAUGAUGAUUAUAGCCUAGAUGAAAUUCAUGCUGAAGUCUCCAAAUACCUGGGAAGAGUAUGGUUCCCUGAUGUCAUGCCUCUCUGGUAA